CGCCCCCUUCCUCCGCCCCUCCCAGCGCUCGGGUCUCCAGCCGGCGGAGAUGAGGCUGCGGCGGCCGCGGCUCCGGCAGCCCCGGCGGUGGCUGCGGUGGGGGCGGCCGGAACCCGGGCCUUGAGGCGCGGCGGCCGCGGAGGAGGCAGCGCUGCCCCGGCCGCUGCACGGGCUCCCCUUCCUCUUUAGCGCAGUCAGGAAGUUUGGCGCCCUGUGCAUGUGUGCGCGUGAGUGUGGGUGUGCGCGGCCAGCUCGGGUAGCGUUUCUGCAGGCGCUGGGCUUUUUUGCCCGCGUCGCUUCCCGUAAGCCAGCCGCCGCGGAACUUGGGCUGUGGCCGGAGGAGGGGGCGCGGCGGCGGGCGCUCUCCUUUUGUUGUUGUUUCCUCUGCUUGGAAAGCUGCAAGGGGACGCGCCUGGGUGGGGCGGCUCGCAGCCCGGGCCUGCUGGCCCCCGGGGCUCCCGGGCGGCCGGGGUAGCUAGAGGAGAGCGGGCUUCAACAUGAUGGCGGCCGAGGCCGGCAGUGAGGAAGGCGGCCCGGCGACCGCGGGGGCCGGAGGAGGCGCGGCCGCGGGCUCCAGCGCCUACCCGUCGGUAUGCCGGGUGAAGUUACCCGCGGCCCUGCCGGUGGCCGCCGCCCCCUGCCCAGGCCUGGCGGACACCGACCUGGCUGCGGCCCUGGGCGGUGGAGCCGCGUUGGGGUCCGGGUUCCUUGGGACGGGGCCAGUGGCGGGUGUCCUGGGGGGCGCCGCGCUGCCCGGCGGUGCUACUGCUGGCGUGGUGGGUGCUGCUGCUGCCGGACCUGCCGGAGAUGUUGCUUUCACCAAGGGGACUCUGUCGUUGGCUGCUGAGACCCUCGGGCCGGGUGGCGGGUUCCCUCCUCUGCCGCCGCCUCCUCUGCUGCCCCCUUUGGGCUCCGGCCUGGGGACGGUGGAUGAAGGUGACUCCCUGGAUGGACCAGAAUAUGAGGAGGAAGAGGUGGCCAUACCGCUGACCGCACCUCCAACUAACCAGUGGUAUCAUGGAAAACUCGAUAGAACCAUAGCAGAAGAACGCCUCAGGCAGGCAGGAAAAUCUGGAAGCUACCUUAUAAGAGAGAGUGAUCGGAGGCCGGGGUCCUUUGUACUAUCAUUUCUUAGCCAGACAAAUGUCGUCAACCAUUUUAGGAUUAUUGCUAUGUGUGGAGAUUACUACAUUGGUGGAAGGCGUUUUUCUUCACUCUCAGACCUAAUAGGUUAUUACAGUCAUGUUUCUUGUUUACUUAAAGGAGAAAAAUUACUCUAUCCAGUUGCACCACCAGAGGCAAUAGAAGAUAGAAGACGUGUUCGAGCCAUUCUACCCUAUACAAAAGUACCAGAGACUGAUGAAAUAAGUUUCUUAAAAGGAGAUAUGUUCAUUGUUCACAAUGAAUUAGAAGAUGGAUGGAUGUGGGUUACAAAUCUAAGAACAGAUGAACAAGGCCUUAUUGUUGAAGACCUAGUAGAAGAGGUGGGCCGGGAAGAAGAUCCACAUGAAGGCAAAAUAUGGUUCCAUGGGAAGAUUUCCAAACAAGAAGCUUAUAAUUUAUUAAUGACAGUUGGCCAGGUCUGCAGCUUUCUUGUGAGGCCUUCAGAUAAUACUCCUGGUGAUUAUUCCCUGUAUUUUCGGACCAAUGAAAAUAUUCAGCGAUUUAAAAUUUGUCCAACACCUAAUAACCAGUUUAUGAUGGGAGGCCGAUAUUAUAACAGUAUUGGGGACAUCAUAGAUCACUACCGGAAAGAACAGAUUGUUGAAGGCUAUUAUCUUAAGGAGCCUGUACCAAUGCAGGAUCAAGAACAAGUACUCAAUGAUACUGUCGAUGGAAAGGAAAUCUAUAAUACAAUUCGUCGUAAAACAAAGGAUGCCUUUUAUAAAAACAUUGUUAAGAAAGGUUACCUUCUGAAGAAGAGCAAAGGAAAACGCUGGAAAAAUUUAUAUUUUAUCUUAGAGGGCAGUGAUGCCCAACUUAUUUAUUUUGAAAGUGAAAAACGAGCUACAAAACCAAAAGGGUUAAUAGAUCUCAGUGUAUGUUCCGUCUACGUUGUCCAUGAUAGUCUAUUUGGCAGGCCAAACUGUUUUCAGAUAGUAGUUCAACACUUUAGUGAAGAACAUUACAUCUUUUACUUUGCAGGAGAAACUCCAGAACAAGCAGAGGAUUGGAUGAAAGGUUUGCAAGCAUUUUGCAGUUUACGAAAAAGUAGCCCAGGGACAUCUAAUAAACGUCUUCGUCAGGUCAGCAGCCUUGUUUUACAUAUUGAAGAAGCCCACAAGCUCCCAGUAAAACACUUUACUAAUCCAUAUUGUAACAUCUACCUGAAUAGCGUCCAAGUAGCAAAAACUCAUGCAAGGGAGGGGCAAAACCCAGUAUGGUCAGAGGAGUUUGUCUUUGAUGAUCUUCCUCCUGACAUCAAUAGAUUUGAAAUCACGCUUAGUAAUAAAACAAAGAAAAGCAAAGAUCCAGAUAUCUUAUUUAUGCGUUGCCAGUUGAGCAGGUUACAGAAAGGACAUGCCACAGAUGAAUGGUUUCUGCUCAGCUCCCAUAUACCACUAAAAGGUAUUGAACCAGGAUCUCUGCGUGUUCGAGCACGAUACUCGAUGGAAAAAAUCAUGCCAGAAGAAGAGUACAGUGAAUUUAAAGAGCUUAUACUACAAAAGGAACUUCAUGUAGUCUAUGCUUUAUCACAUGUAUGUGGACAAGACCGAACACUACUUGCCAGCAUCCUACUGAAGAUUUUUCUUCAUGAAAAGCUUGAGUCAUUGUUGUUAUGCACACUAAAUGACAGAGAGAUAAGUAUGGAAGAUGAAGCCACUACCCUAUUUCGAGCUACAACACUUGCUAGUACCUUGAUGGAGCAGUAUAUGAAAGCCACUGCCACACAAUUUGUUCAUCACGCUCUGAAAGACUCCAUUUUAAAAAUAAUGGAAAGCAAGCAAUCAUGUGAGUUAAGUCCAUCAAAGUUAGAAAAGAAUGAAGAUGUGAACACUAAUUUAGCACACCUAUUGAACAUACUUUCAGAGCUUGUGGAGAAAAUAUUCAUGGCUUCAGAAAUACUCCCACCGACACUGAGAUAUAUUUAUGGGUGUCUGCAAAAAUCUGUUCAGCGUAAGUGGCCUACAAAUAACACCAUGAGAACAAGAGUUGUUAGUGGUUUUGUUUUUCUUCGGCUUAUCUGCCCUGCUAUCCUGAGUCCACGGAUGUUUAAUAUCAUUUCAGAUUCCCCAUCUCCUAUUGCUGCAAGAACACUGACAUUAGUGGCUAAGUCUGUGCAGAAUUUAGCAAACCUUGUGGAAUUUGGAGCUAAGGAACCUUAUAUGGAAGGUGUUAAUCCGUUCAUCAAAAGCAAUAAACAUCGCAUGAUCAUGUUUUUAGAUGAACUUGGGAAUGUACCUGAACUUCCGGACACUACAGAACAUUCUAGAACUGACCUGUCUCGUGACUUAGCAGCCCUGCAUGAGAUUUGUGUAGCUCAUUCAGAUGAACUGAGAACACUCAGUAAUGAGCGUGGUGCACAGCAGCAUGUACUGAAAAAACUUCUGGCUAUAACAGAACUGCUUCAACAAAAACAAAACCAGUAUACAAAAACCAAUGAUGUCAGGUAGCAAGCAGCCUGGUGUUCUGCAUGGAUCAGCACCCCAACAUGGGAAUUCACAUCACUAUGUCUCCUUUGCUCUUGCCAAAAAAAUAAAAAAAUAAAAAAAAAGAGAAAGAAAAAAAUUAGCACACCUUUCCACAUUCCAGUGAUGUGUAAGCUAUGCAAACAAAAACCCAAGAUUCUGCUGGCUUAGUAACUGCCAGCACCUUUGUAAGCUAUCUGUGCAGAAUAUUUGCACUUUUUCCACAUGGAAUCUUUACCAAACUCUGAGCCUUGGUGUACAGUUCAACUUUCACAAUAAAGAAAAAAAGCUAUGUCUUGAACUUUGAAAAUAUAUUUUCAUUAUAUCCAAUUGCCAAAGUUUUGUUGUCUUUUGGAAACGAACUAUGAAAUCAACUGACAAGAAAACGCAUUCUAUUAACAACAGAAUUUAACUGGAUUACAGACUGUUCUUACUUCUUACGAAUAUGACCAUUUGACUGUUCACUGAAUUUAUUUGUAUUUACAGUUUCCAGAGUUUGACAUUAUAAUAGGAACAAUCUUGCUGUAUACUUUUUAAAAAUACUGUGCUAUUCUUCCUGGAACUGUUGAAAGACAAUAUAUAGAAUGGAUAAAUAUAUGCUCAUCAGCUUUAUUUUUUAAACAUACCACUUAUUUUGUUGGAAUUGUCAAAGACUGUAUUUAGAUUUCAUGGUUUUGUUAAAAUGUUUACAACAAGUAAAUAGUUUAAAUUCAAUAAAUAUUAUUGGUCACUGUACCAAUCAAUGCAUGUUA